GGUUCUUCUGCCCGCCGUCGGUUGCCGUGGAGACUCGGCGCUGCGGCCCUGCGCUCAUGGCGCUGUACCAGCUCUUCUCUCACCCGGUGGAGCGAGGCUACCGCGCGGGCCUCUGCUCUAAGGCCGCGCUCUUCCUGCUGCUGACCACCGCGCUCACCUACAUACCCCCGCUUCUGGUAGCCUUUCGGAGCCACGGCUUUUGGCUGAAGCGGAGCAGCUACGUGGAGCAGCCGAACGUGCGCUUCCAGCACCAGGUGCUGCUCGUGGCCCUACUGGGGCCCGAGCCCGGAGCCUUCCUCGCCUGGAGCACGUUCCCCACUUUCAAUCGGCUACAGGGUGUUCACCUACGCGUCCCGCUCGUGUCGAGCAGGGAAGAAGACAGGAACCAGGACGGGAAGAUGGAUGUGCUACAUUUUAAACUUGAACUUCCCCUGCAAUCCACCGAGCAUGUCCUCGGCGUGCAGCUCAUCCUGACCUUCUCCUACCAACUGCACCGGAUGUCGACCUUCAUGAUGCAGAGCAUGGCAUUUCUCCAGUCCUCCUUUGCCGUGCCCGGGUCACAGUUAUAUGUAAAUGGCGAUCUGAGGCUGCAGCAGAAGCAGCCGCUGAGCUACCGUGGCCUCGACGUCAGAUACAAUGUAUCUGUGAUCAAUGGGACUAGUCCUUUUGCCCAUGACUACGACCUCACUCACAUUGUUGCUGCCUAUGAGGAAAGGAAUGUCACCACUGUCCUGAGUGACCCCAACCCAAUCUGGUUGGUGGGCAGGGCUGCCGAAGCUCCUUUUGUAAUCAACGCCGUCAUCCGGUAUCCUGUGGAGGUCAUUUCAUAUCCUUUCUGCAGGCCGCUCUGCGGUGGAUCCUUUCUUCUCUGCCAAGAGGGGUUCCCUAGCUGCUCCAAGUGGAAACAGCUGUGGGACUCAGCAGAUAGGAAAUUGCUGGGGCUCCAUAGCCCCACACAAAUGUCUGCUAUUCCUACAGGAAAGAAAAUUUCAUUUCCUGUUCCUAUUUCUUUCUAAGCAAUUCUGGGUCAGAAGUAUCCCCAUUUAUAUCUUAAUAAUCUUUGGCAUCAGUUUUAUCUUAAGAAGAUUGAAAUAUUCUAUUUCUCCUCUGACCUGAACGUUGGGAUAACCGUUUCUUCAUGUUGCUGUUGCCUCCUUAACAUGUUGUACUUACCAGCCAGGAUUCUGGGAGAUGAUAAAGUUUGCCUGGAUCCAGUACGUCAGCAUCCUGCUCAUCUUCCUCUGGGUGUUUGAGAGAAUCAAAACCUUCGUGUUUCAGAACCAAGUAGUAACCUCCAUCCCUGUAGCCAUGC